AUGACUGGUCCUUUGCCUCUGUUUCUAACUCUUCUGGCCGCACAAGUGAGCCUUGUGCGGUCAGCCACGCCACCACAUCUUCCCGCAAACGUAACUGCGCUCCCAUAUGAUCCAAGGCCCGCACCAUCGUACAUGGUGGACAACCAGCACAACUAUUACCACACAGCUCCUGACAAGGGGAAGCAGAACGGCCCAGUAUGGCGUUACUCGGGCAGCCUGGAAAAGUUCAUGACCAACCUUGCCAAAGGCACCGUGAUCCGUGGCGGUUAUGCUGGAUUUAACGGCACCAAGAAGACCAAUUUCAAAGCACCCAAGAAACGGCAGUCCUCUGACGACUACUGGCUGACAACUCUUGGGCCUUUGGGAGCUCAACCUCUGGCAGGAGGAAACGAUUACCAAUUCUUCCGCAAUGUUGUCGAUGACUUUGGAGCCGACAACUCUGGAAAAACAGACACAACCGAGGCUCUCAACGCAGCCGUAGCCAGCUGGAACAAAAAUUCAGUUGGAGGCAACCAGACACGAUGCGGUGAGGAGUGCGGCAACACUUUCUCACAGGGUGCCAUUGUCUACUUUCCGCCGGGCACGUACAAGAUCUGCUCGCCGGUGAUCCAGUACUAUUAUACGCAAUUCAUUGGAGACCCCAAUGACAUGCCUACGAUCAAAGGUUGUGACACUUUUACGGGUAUCGCACUAUUUGACACAGAUCCGUACAUUCCUCUUGAAUCAGGAGCACAGUGGUAUGUGAACCAGAACCAGUUCUUCCGUCAGAUCCGCAACUUUGAGUUCGACCUCAACGAUAUGCCGGACUCAACGGCGGAUCAAGGACAAGAUCUGGUGCCAACGGGAAUUCACUGGCAAGUAGCCCAGGCCACCUCGCUGCAGAAUCUCAUCUUCAGCAUGCCAACGACGAGCAAUACAACAGCCGUUGGUAUCUUUUCUGAGAAUGGCAGUGGUGGCUUCGUGUCUAACCUGAUCUUUGACGGUGGCAACAUUGGUUGGCGUGCAGGUUCGCAGCAAUACACGGCUCGCAACCUGCAGUUCAACUUCUGUAACACGGCCAUCCAGAUGGUCUGGGAUUGGGGUUGGACUUGGCAGCAGAUUGACAUUAACGGCGGCUCUAUUGCCUUUAACAUCUCGGGCAUUGGAGGCGACACGGGGCAGGGAACUGGCAGUGUGUCAAUUAUUGAUACUAUCAUCACCGGAACAAAGGUCGGCAUUCUGACCAACAACGCUGGAACCUCUCCCAAUAUCGUGCUGGACAACACCGUCUUUGAUGGAGUCACUAGUCCUGUCUUGAUCGACGGUGGUAGCACGCUGCUGUCGGGCAACUCCGACUUGUGGGCGACGGGCAAGCGAUACAACGGAUCAGCUGGCUCAUCACAGACCGGCGACGUGACGGCACCAGCCAAGGCAAAGGGACUAUUAGAUUCCAAGGGCUUCCUCUACGUCCGUGAGCGGCCCCAGUACGAGGACAAGAGUUCCGGUUCCUUCUUGGUGGCCACCACAGAUGGAGGAUGUAAGAAUGACGGCUCUGGUGACCAGCAAUCCUGUAUCAACUCUUUCUUACAAAAGGCUGUGAGCGGGGGCAAGAUUGCCUAUUUUCCGGCUGGCAUCUACACAGUAGGCGGCACGAUUGUCAUCCCGACAGGCUCAAAAGUCCAAGGUUCGUCAUGGUCACAGAUCCAGGGUUCGGGCUUCUACUUCAGCGACAUGCACGACCCUAAGGUCAUGAUACAGGUUGGUAACGAGGGCGACAUCGGCACCAUGGAGAUUGUGGAGAUGCUGUUCUCAGUCAAAGGCAACACGGCUGGCGCCAUCCUAAUGGAAUGGAAUACAGCAGCAUCGGACCAAGGAGCUGCGGGAAUGUGGGAUUCGCACUUCCGUGUCGGAGGUGCCCUGGGAUCGGAUCUAGAUCUCGCCACAUGCCCCAAGUUUAGUGAGAAGUCUGAGUGCAUCGCAGCAUCACUCAUGUUUCACGUUACGCCUCAGGCCAAUGGCUACUUUGAGAACGUAUGGGCCUGGGUUGCGGACCACGACAAUGAUCAGUCCAUCUUCAACCAGCCAGACUCAACCAUCACGCAGGUUGCCAUCUUUGGUGCCCGCGGUAUGCUCAUCGAGUCUCAGGGCCCAUCGUGGUUCUACGGCAGUGGCUCUGAACACUCGGUGCUGUACAAUUACCUGCUUAGCGGAGCCAAGAACGUCUACAUGGGCCAUAUUCAAACAGAAUCGCCUUAUUUUCAACCAGUUCCCGGCGCUCCAGCUCCCUUUGAUGCUGCCGCGAGCUUUCCAAACGAUCCUGACUUUAGUCGCUGCAAUUUCACGGCUAAUACGGAUAAUGAGCGGUGCCGCUACUCCUGGGGCAUACAGAUUAUCGACUCAACCGAUGUCACUAUCCACGGUGCUGGGCUGUACAGUUUUUUCAACGCUUUUUACAAAGACUGCGAGGACACAAGAAACUGCCAAGAGAGCAUCUUAGAGGUCAAGGGUUCAAUCGGUGUUGUCAUCUAUAAUCUCUUUACUGUGGCUACCGUCAACAUGGCCAAUGGUAUUGAUGGCACCAAGAUCCUACAGAGUGAUGGUAACCAGCGCGGCUACACAACGGAGGUCAGUGUAUGGCUGCCUCUUCCUGGAGCUGACAAUGUCAACAUUGUGUGGGUUGGCACUGGGAUAUGGCAAACUCCGACGGUGUCCUGCUCGUCGGCGCCUUGCAUGUUGAUUCUACCUACAAGCUCGCUGGCAUCAAACACCACCAUCUCGCCGAGCCAAUAUGUUACCUCGUUUGAAUACGGCGGAAUCGGGCCCACGUCCAUCGCCGGCAUUGGUACUACCAGCGUCUUCAAGACGACGACUACCACUGUGACUAUCACAAUCCCGACCAUCGUCACCGGAGGCAUCCCUUACUCCAACGUCAACGUGACGGGAACAGGGCCGACGCCCAUCACCAUCUAUCCCAGCGUCAACAUCCCACCUGUCAACAUUCCAUUGCCCGACGGCAGUGGUGGCACAACAACACGCAAGGUCACUCUCCCGCCAUGGCCAGAAGUCAACGGCGGGCCCGGCUCAGAGAGCUUCACAGAUCCGGGAACGGAACCGGGACAGCCUUCUGGCACUUCUGGCAGCUCCGGUGGCAGCUCAGGCAGCAGCACGACUUAUUACACUCCGCUCGGUUUCCCCGUCACGAUACCCAAAGCCACUGUUACGACGGUGACGUUCCCAGCUUCGACAGGAGCCAUUACAAUCUCAUGUCCAGCUACAACGUCUGUCGUGUUCAAGACGCCUGCUAUUGCCGUUGGGACCACAUGUACCAACUCUAACCCCUUGACGCUGUACUUUGCCUGCCCAACUACAAAAGUCUUUACAUUCCUUGCAGCUACUACGGCUGAAGCUUCGGUGGACUGCUCUCUGGUCACAUCAUGGAGCACUGGGCAGGCCGACUCUACGACACCGUUGCCCGUCUUUGCCACAUGGCCGCCCUUUGGUCAGAUUGUCCCCGUCACGACAAGCGUGAGCAAGCCCCAGCCCACCGAUGAUGGUGUAGUUGUACCCUGCACAGCGUGGUUCUUCUUCAUCUGCAUCUCAUGGGGUGAGCUUCACAUCGGCGGCUGGCACUGGAUCUUGCCGCCGGGAAUCUACGGACCUGGCCCUCCACCAGCCGGCCUGAUCAGGUGGCCUCCUGGUGUUACUAUCAAAGGCAAUUUGCCAGAUUGGCCCAAGAUUACCAUCGGCGAAGACAAUCAACUCACCACAGAUGAUGAGCCUGAGUGCCAGACAGAAACUGCGGAGGCAUGCAUCACCACGACUUUUGUCUCGGCUUCGACAACCCUCUCGUCAGCUUCAACAUGCGAGACCAUCUCAGGCUGUUCCAUCACCAUCUCUGACUCUUCCACCACUGAAGUCGUCGGUACGCAAACGCCUGCACCUAUUGGUACUUGGUACGAUGAAGUCUGGUCUACCGACGAUUUGGGCCAAGCCUACACCAACUCCGUUCUCUCAGUCUUGAGCGCCAGCCUCGCCGCCGCCAGAGCCAGCUCGGGAGGGACAACUAUCAGCUUCACUUCAGGCCCUACAGCCGGACCAACUUGCAAGGGUGGCACGACAGCUUGCGGAGGAACAAUAUGCUCUGGAUACUGGUGUACUCCCAGUCCUACAGGCUAUCCGCCUGGCUACCAGGACCCCAAGGAUCCCAGCUCGGGAGGCUACUCGGCGCCCACAACAAGCAUUGGCUCAAGUACCUCAUCAAAGCCAAUCCAGAGCAGCAGUCGUUCAUGUACCGUCACCGACGGUAGUGUUUACGCUUGCUGGAGGGAGGGUAACGACGGUGGCGUCAGUGUCGGCGUCAAAGACGUCUUCUUCCGUUAA